UGACAGCCCACAGGCAGUUUCCAAGAGGCUCAUGCUAACCGAACCCGUGGAGUACUCAGUAACCCGUGCGGCCUCUUGCCACACAUUGAUGGGCUGCCCUUCUCUGCGCUGAAACAAAACACGGUUCCCUUCCAGUCAAGUGCCUUUUCAGGAACAACCUAAAACCGUGAUAUCAAUGGCACCCUCGGAGGCUCCGCUCAAUGCGGAGGCAGUAGCCCGCGCCGUGACCGGCCUCCCUUCAGCGGUGUUCGUCGGGGGCGUGAGCGGGGCUCUCGACGCGGAAGCGAGUGCCUUGGCGGACAAGCUAGACCCCAAGCUGGAGGAGAUCAAGACCGAUAUCAACGCCGCUUUGGAGGUGUGCCACUCCGGGAACGAGCCGUCUGCUGCGGAGUGGCAAGACGACGUCGAGACCCUACGAUCGGGCGUGCGGUCGAUCAAGACCAUGGCGGUGAGCUUGCUGAACAACACGUACGUAGCGCCUCGGGCACAAGAGCGCCUUCAUCGAGAGCCCUCCCUGUCGUCCUUCGGAGGUUCAACGAGGGCCGGAGGCGCAUUAGGGCACCCUUCCACGGACCAAGAGUUCGUCCUGGAGUUGUAAUUUGUUUUCAGUUUGCCGAGUUUCUGUUGUAUAAAUAUGUUUUCUGUGUGGUUGGAGUCUGUCAUCUGUAGUUAUACCCCCCCAAGGCGUACCAUUCGGUGUUGUUGGUGUGGGUGGUUGAUGGGCAAGUCUACACUGGUGCUUGCAAACAGAUAGUCGAUGCCUUCAACCGAUUUGCUUCAGACCCAAUGCGGACGAAACUUGUCUGAAAAAUUGUGCUUUUGAACGAGGAGGAAUUGGAAUGGAGGUCCAGCGAAUCGAAAAUCCCUUCACGUGUAUAGGGGUUCCUGUUACAGCAGGGAUUCGUCUUCGACAGGCGUCCUAGGUAGCUUGCACCUCGGGGUGAUUUGCAUACGAUCAGGAACGUGAAUGAGCGUGAAUUUUGGGUCUGGAGGGGGGAAGAAGAGCCCAGCACCCAGAAAGGAGUUGCUUUGCUUGAGCAGCAGCCACUGCUCUGCACCUGCACCAGACGGCGUUUGAUUGGCGACCAGGUUUUCAAGUGGGGUAGCUGCUGUCGCAGCAGAUAUUAUUCCAUGAUUUAGUGUGCAUGUUUGUCCCAUCUGACACUACUGCGCACCUUAUGGUGUGCCUGUUGGACGCAUGCAGAGCAGUCGAGGACACACAGGAAGGUAUUAUAGCACACUAGUAAAAGCGGGUCGCGGAGCGCGAAGAGCGACAUGUGUUUCCUUCGUCCCCAGGAGGGAAAAAAGGCUAAGUAUUUCGGCCAAAGUUGCGCCGCACGAUGCAGGGGCCCCAAAACUUGGUUUCCGUGAGGCCGAUAUUAUAACCCAACCCACUUUUGGGACCAGAACGACAUCUA